AUAAAUGCAUACCCCCACCAUUUUAUCAUCUCCGAUUUCUCUCUCUGCUUUUACCAUUUCUUCUUCUUCUUCACUGUCUCUCUCUCUCUCUCUUGAUAACAGUUAGCUAUGGCGGAAGAGGCGGUCAAGAACGGAGAUGCUCACGACGUGAGCAAGACGGUGUCGUUCUCGGCAUUUAAGCCUCAGAUGUUUGUAGAGGAAGGGAAAGUAGGUGAUGCCGUACACUUCUAUAAGGCCGCGUUUGGUGCUCAGGAGGUUAAUCACGUCACUCAGACCAAGAGGAAGGCUGAUCAAGAGCUCCCACUCGUUGUCUCUGCUGAGCUCAAACUCGGUUCCACCAUUUUUCUUGUCUCUGACCUCUCAGAUCACUCAUCUGCAAUGAACAAAACUGGGAGCAAUGGACUAUGGUUCCUCCUGGAGACGGAUGACAUUGAAGGCGCCAUAGCCAAUGCUGUCAAGGCCGGUGCUGUUUCCGAGGGUGAAAUCGAAGAGGGUGAAGGGGCAUCGCCAGUGGGGAAAGUCAAGGACCCGUAUGGCGUGAUCUGGGCCAUAACCUCUCCAACAAUUGUCAAGAAGAUGAAGAAGAGCGAGGAGGAGGUGCAAGCAGCUUAAAGCCUCCUCCCUCAGAUUUGAAGUUUUCUGUUUCUUAAUAUGCAAUUUACUAUAAUGUCUCUCAGGACUGAGUAGAUGAUCAUGAUGGAUAGUGUUUUGUUUGCCUGGUUUAUGGGGAAGAUUUAAGUAAGUUAUUAGUACUCGUAAUUUCAGUUUGAUGACUGAUUGACAGCAAUGCAGGUGUAUGACCUCUCCUCUUUUACUUUUGUUGCAUCAUUGCUUUAUUUACA